AGUUGAAGUGAAUAUCUAGUUCUACUUGGUAUUUCAAAAAUGAAAACUUCUUUUUCAAAUACAAAACAACAAGCACAAAACGCGAACUUGAAAUGGCUCAGCGUUUGCGUGAUAGUCCCUAUCUUAAUGCUGUGUGUUUAGCUAUCGAGAGAUAACCCCUUUUAUUGAAUUGAGCGAAGAUUGACAAGUGCUGUAUUGAGAACCGUGGCACCUGGCUUCAUUCGUUGUUCCCUUUAAAUUCAACUGUUUCUUGUUGCCCGGCUACUCCCUAGUUUGUAUCUGCAUACGCUGGAAGUUUUUCCUGAGCCAUAUUUACUGCUUCAAGUCUUCAAGAUGCGUGUUCUUCUAGUUCUCUCCCUAGCCUCUUUGGCUGCUGCUACUGCGCCGCUCUAUGAGCACGCAGUGGAUGGGAUUACAGGACAAUACAUCGUGGCCCUGACGAAUGAGAGCCCAGCAGUGGAUGAGUUCCUUAACUUUAUGUCGGAAAGCAUGGGCGUCCCCCUCGUGCCCAGCGUACGCUAUCGCGGCGGUGCCUUCAAAGGAUUUGCUGCUCCGUUAGAUGAUACCCAGCUGUCAAACAUCCGGAAUAUGCAAGAGGUUGCCUAUGUGGAGCAGGAAGCUGUCGUCCGUGCGCAGUGGGUUGCCUCAUGGGGUCUGGACCGAGUCGAUCAACGAAAACUCCCAUUGGACGGAAAGGCAGACUUCAUGGGCACAGGCAAGGGUACCAAUGCAUACAUCAUUGAUACCGGAAUCUUCCCGAAAAAUCAUUUCUUCUCCGACCGUGGCUACAUCGCGUAUGAUGCCGUCCAUGAUGAGUUUGGGGGACUGGAUUGCAACGGGCAUGGCACUCACUGCGCAGGGACUAUCGGUGGUGAGGUGUUUGGUAUCGCUAGGGAAGCCAACCUGUUUGGAGUCAAGGUGCUGGGAUGUGGUGGAUCAGGAUCAACUGCUGGAGUCAUUGAUGGAAUGGACUUUGUUGCUUCGGAGGGUGAGAGACCGGCAGUCGCCUCCAUGUCACUCGGAGGAGGCGCCUCCCAGGCUAUGGACGAUGCCGUGGCCAGACUCUUUGAUGCGGGCGUCACGGUUUCGGUCGCCGCGGGAAACAGCUACGGCGAUGCUUGCACUGCAUCACCAGCUAGAGCGAAAGAGGCAAUCACAGUAGGGGCCACGGACAUCGAGGAUGAAAGGGCCGAUUUCUCCAACUACGGGAAGUGCGUGGAUAUCUUCGCGCCUGGUGUCGACAUUCCAAGCUUGUGGAAGGACGGCGACUUUGCGACCAACACAAUCAGUGGCACAUCCAUGGCAUGCCCCCACGUCACGGGUGGCGCAAUCCUGGCUGUUGGCAACAAUCCUGAAAUGACGUCGGCGCAAGUCAAAGCUGAGAUCCUCAAGAACGCUACGCCAGACGUCGUGAAGAACCCUGGGCCCGAGUCCCCCAACCUCAUGCUCUACAUUCCCUAGAUAAGGCAAUUUUGACGGAGAUGAAGAGACCAUGUGUCGAUCUUCGGUCCUAUUUAAACUGGAAUUUAAUCCUUCCACGAAAUUAUCAGUCAAUGUGUCAUAAUGAAACUAGAAAACGACAUUCAGUUUGUUAGUCUCAAGUAAAACAAAAAAGGUGUUUUUUUUGCAUUUAAUAAUGCAAACUUUCUAAAAAUUUAACGUGAACUAAAUACUUUCAAGACUUCAAUAUACCAUCAGUCACAAUGUGUUAGCACAAGUUGAAAUGUUGUCACUAUCAUUACAGAAAUUUGUAAUAUUUUUUUGACUAUUGUAAUAUAUAUUAGAUAUUGCAUUAGUUGUUACAAUGAAAUAAAAAUCAACUGAAAUAUA